AUGCCAAAAAAAAUUAGAUUAACAAACGCAAAGCUCAAAUCACAAACUAGUGAUUUCUCAUGUAGCGAUGAUAUUCUAAUUUGGUUAAAAGAUGAACUUGGGUAUCGACCGGGACGUUCCACUUCUUUAAUUGACGAUAAUAUGGAACAACCAUUGAAAAAGGAAGAUAUACAAAGGCUAUGUAAAGGUGAAAUUUUGCCAAUAUUAAUGUUUUCAUUAAAACACAUCAAAUCAAAAGAUGAACCAACAAGAUUACCUAAAUCAAAACGUAAACUAAGUUUCGAACAUAAUACUAUACGUAGUGCACACAAUUCAACCGCGAAACCAACCACAACUUUUGAUUCUAUUGAUGCAAAUGAAGAAAGCCUUUUACAGCGUAAAAUAAAGCUUGAAAAGUAUUUGAUAAAAAUUAUUGACAAAGUACAAUCAGAUAAUCAACAAAUUGAACAGUUGUCGUCUCGCAUAUCUGAUUUUGAAUCACAAAUACGAUUUGUAAAAGAUCAGAUUUUUGAGAAAAAGAAUAAACUGCUUGUGAAAAAUGCCUUUCGUGAAAAAUGCAUUCAAAUAAAUCACAGUGAUGCCAAUUACCAGAGGCUUUUGAGCAACUUUAAAUCUAGGAUCACUUUAAGAGAUGAAAUUGAUACAGAGUCAAAAGAAAACGAGAGAACAAUAUUAAUAAAUACACAUAAAAUCAAGAUUAGAGAAAUCUGUGAUAAUCAUAAAUUCUUGGUUCAAAAUACUAUAUUAAGCAAUGAAUCAACAGAUCACAGAUUAAAAAAUGAAAUCUCGAAUUCUAUUGAGGCACUAAUUCGGUUGAUAUCACCAAAAGUAUUGCUAGAAUCGGUACUGAGUGUAAUAAGAUCAACAUCAAAAGAUAUUAGCCGGGUAAAAAAACAAUUUUUAGAAAUAUAUUUGAAAAGAAAUACACAGGAUAUUCAAGAUCUUGUAAAUCAACAUAAAGAAAAUCAUAUCACCAAAUUUAUUGAAACUGAAGCAACUUACAAUGAAAUUUUUGCAGUGAAAGAACAUGCCAAAAAAUUGCAAAAUUCAAUUGAGAUUGCUAUUCAUAAUCAAUUUAAACAUGAUCCCUCUAUGACUAAUCGAAUCAUAUCUUUAAUAAAAUCAAAAGUAGAAUUGGAGGCAGAGAAACAUACUUUAGAUGUUCUUGAUAAAUGUGUAAAUGAUCUUAGACUUCGAUGUCAAAAUGUAUUAUGCAUAGAUGAUGGAUUGAAAAUGAUUUGUGAACAUGUCAAUAAUUCAAAUGAAAUUAUUGAAUUGAAAAAAAGUCAAAUAGAACAAUUAAAUUUAAUUAACAAUCAGACUAUAACCACUUUUUUCAAUCAAUUAAGGGAAGUAUCAGAAUAUAUCAAAAGAGUUCUUUGUCCUUUUUCUCACGAUUUUGAAUGGAUUUACAAAAGAAUUGAUUGCAUGAUGAUGAAAGAAAAUGAAAGAUUUCAAAAAUUAGAUUUGAAGAUUACUGUUCAACUCUACUAUGAAAAUGAAAUUCAUCAUAUUGGCUCUCUUGAAAUUCAUCGAACGCUUGAUGAUCCUUUUUUAAAAGAUGUUAAAGAUAUUAUUCGUAGUCCAAAGUAUCUUGGCGCUGAAUGCAUUUAUAUGAUGUUACGAGAACUAAAAUCCGAAUCAAAAAAUUGGUUGUCUUCUGUACGAAACCUUAUGAUAAAUUGCAAUAAAAACGACUCUUAUACAAAAACAAUUGAAAGUAUGCAAGUGGCUAUUGAAUAUUUAAAAGAAAAUCAGAUUCCACGACACAAAGCAAAAAUUGAUGAUUUAACAAAAACCACAUUUCAUGCUAUCCAUGAAAUUUUGGAAGAACGCAAUGUACCUGACAGUAUGGAUAUCAGACGAUUUAUAGAGGUGUAUAAAUUAGAGAAUGCACAUUGGAUUUUGAGUGAUUUGUCAAUAUUACAAACUGUUCAAAAUCAAACUGAAAUGGACAAAUUAAUGUCAUAUAAAAUAGUACUUGAUUCUGUAAAUAAACAUGAGCUUCAAAAUCCAGCUGAUUAUAAAGGACUUUCGAAUGUACGAAUACAAAAACAAGCACAAAAUCAACAACUACCAAGCGUUCAAAAUAAUCAAAGAAAUAAUGAACGACGGCAAAAUCAACAACGAACAAAAACCCAAAGUCGUCAAAAAGAUCAACAACGACAAGAUCAGCCAAAAACUCGAGGGAGUCAAAAACAACAACAAAGGUCACAGGCUCAAGAUCUUGAUGAUCCAGAAUUUUUGGUUGCCGAUGAUAAUCAACAAUCCAAAGCUCAAGGUCAUCACCAAAAGAAUCAACAACGACAAGAUCAGUCAAAAAUUCAAAAACAACAACAAAAGUCACAGGAUCAAGAUCAUCAGCAACCAAAAACUCCAGAUCAUCAAGAUAAUCAACAAUCCGAGGCUCAAUGUCAUCACCAAAAGGAUCAACAACGACAAGAUCAGUCAAAAACUCAAAGAAACCGAAAACAACAACAAAAAUCACGAGUUCAAUAUCAACAACCAAAAGCUCCAGAUCAUCAGAACAAUCAACAUCAACAACCAAAAACUCAAGAUCAUCAUCAAAAGGAUAAACAACGACAGGAAAAAUCAACAACUCAAAAUAAUCUGAGAGAACAACAACCAAAAAAUCAAAGUAAUCAGCAACAAGAGCAAUUACGACAUAUUAAAUUUGGAUCAAAUAAAACUAUUAUCAAAAGUAAUAAUUCAUAUAAUGGAAAACGCACUGCCAACGUCAUCAACAACAAUUUAGAUAGAUCAUCAAUGUCACAAUCCACCAAUAAAAGUGCUAAAAUUUAUGAAAUUCCCGAUCCAAGUUUACUGCCACAACAACAAAGAUCAUUACCAUAUCCUACGAUUGAAACUUUUUAUUCUAAAAAAAGAAAAUACAAGAAAUUAGAAAUUAGCAGCGAUGAGGAGUAUAAUAAUGUUGAAGAAAAGAUUUUAUCCGCUUCAAAUUCAUCAUUGCUCUCAGUAUCACAAGGAUCACCUCCAUUACAUCCUUCGAUGCAACAAAUGUUACCAUUAGCACCUUCAUCACCAUUUACAAUCUCAUCGCCGGAAUCAUCGUCCAGUUGUCUAUCACAGCUGUCCAGUGAAGAUUUUGAUUACAUUAUCAGUCAACAACGAUCUUCAAUAUCAAUUUCUUUUCAAUCUUCUAGCUCUAGGUCACCAUCAAUUAUUAGCAUAGACGAAGCUCAAGUAAAACUUGUUAAAGAUCAUAAUGGCAAUGAUAUCUUGGUAGUAAAUAGUCAAGUAGAAAAGCGACCAUUAUCACAAAAUGAAUCAGAUAUUAAUACCAAAUAUGUUCAAAAGAAGAAGAAGAUAAGUCAAAAAACUGUCGAGUUUUAA